AUGUCUUUCGAAUCUUUCACUUUAAUGGAAACUGAUCAAAAUAAAAAAAAGAAUUACGAUUAUAAUGAUGAAGACUAUAAUGAUGAAGAUAUGUUAAAUAGUGAUGGUUAUGAGAGAGAUCUUUAUACAUUUAAUAUAAAAAAUAAAUUAGUAAAUCGAUGUAAAAAGAUAAAAGUUGAUUUAGAUAAUAAAUCCAAAAAAGAAAAUUCUUUCAAUAAUUCUACUUUUAUUAAAAGAGAGAGAAGUAUGAUAAAUGAUGACAAUGAAUUACGAAAUAGAGGAAGAAGUUCUAUGUCUCAUAAAAAUGAACCAAAAACAAAAUUAGAAGGAAUAUUAAAUGAAAAUGAUUAUUUAAUUCAAUUAAAUAAAUUAAAAAGACAUGUUGUAGUUGAAAUAUUUGGAGGUAAAUGUUUUAUAAGAGAAUAUUUAUGUACUGAAUUUUUAAGAAGAAUAAAACAGUGUUGCCAUAUAAACUAUGUAAAAUAUAAUAUUGGUUUAAUAAAUUAUCGUGAUUGUAAACAAUUAUUAGGUGAAAAUAAUAACAUUGCAAGUAUAGAAGUUCGAUUAAAUUCUAUUUUAAUAUCUUUACCUCCACUAACAUGUGUAAUUUUGCAUUCAAGUAUAUUUUUAGUAAUUAAAGAAGAUUUAAUAAGAGAUGAUUUAAUUAAAAAAUUGUGUGCAGUUUCGAAAAAAUAUACAAAUUUAUAUAAAACUGAUAUAAAUAUGUUAGAAAGUAGGCCAUUUGAAUUUUGUGCAUUAGAAUGUGUAUUUUCAAGCGCUCUUGAACAUUUAAAUGCAGAAAUGAAAUUAUUAAAUAAAGAUUUUGGAGAAAUUAAAUUUUCUUUAAAAAUUAGCAAAUAUCAAGAAAUUUUAAGUAAUUUACAUAAUUUAAAAGAUCCAACAAAUUUGCUAGUAGACAAAGUAAAUUCUUUUAUUAAAGCAUUUCAUGAAAUAUCAGUAAAUAAUGCAGAUUUAAAAAAAAUGGAAUUAACAAAAUAUUAUUUUAAUCCAAAUGCCAAUGAAGAAGAUAAUAAAGAUCAUACCAAUCAAGAUUUAGAAAUGCUUUUAGAAUAUUUUGAUCAAGAACUUCAUCAAAUACAUGAUCAAGUCAAACAUUUAUAUGAAUCUAUAAUUAAUUUAGAAAACAGAAUAUAUCUUGAUUUAUCACUAUCUAGAAAUAACUUAAUUAGGAUGGAUAUCGUUAUCAGUUUGAUUAAUUCAGGAUUUGGUAUAGGAACUUUAAUAACAGGGAUAUUUGGUAUGAAUUUGAAAAUAUUUCUUGAAAAAAAUGAUUAUGCAUUUGGUUAUGUUACUGGUCUUGUAAUAUUAUUAUGCUUACUGACAGUAAUAAUGUCUAUUUAUUUUUUUAAAUGUAUUCGACUUUAG